AUGAAGAGAGGAUUAUCUUCAUUAACUGACAUUCAUGGAAAGAAAAUUAUGGAAAAAUUAAUGAAAAUAUAUUCAGAUCCUAUUCAAAAUUUAGAUAAUCGAUUACGUAUUGGUGAAGCAAUUUUACAAACUAUACAAAGAUGUGGUGAUGUAUUAGGAAAAUAUAUACUAAAUAAAGAUCAAAAUAAGAUAUUACGUAUAUCAGCUUUAAGUAUUAUUGGAUUUGCGUGCGAAACUUCUCCAUUAGCAUUAACAACUUGGUUUCGAGAUAUUGUGGAUUGGAUAUUAAAUAUUUUGGAUAUUCAAAAAGAUGUAGAAAUUCGAAGAGCAUCGAUCGUACUAUUAAUUUCAUUAAUUCGUGGAUUGUCAUCACAUUCGCAAUCAAUAUUUCUAAUUCCUAAAGAUUUAUUAGAAAGAAGUUGGCGAACAUUAAAAUAUGUUGAAGAAAUUGAUAAUGAUGAUUUAAUUAAAUAUCAUGCAAGAGUUGGAAUUAAAAAUCUCUAA